AUGGCAACCGAUGUAGAGAGCUCAAUCGAAUAUGGCAGCGACGCCAUUGCCCUUCAGCUCUCCCGCCUUGGGUUCGAAUAUGUGGCCAUGGUGCCAGGAUCCACGUACAAGGGCCUGCACGACAGCCUGGUGAAUUUCGAUUUUGGAACGGGCACAAGACCAGAGUUGCUGGUCUGUCUACACGAGGAACACCCAGUACAUAUCGCCCAAGGCUAUGCCAAAGUUGCCAACAAGCCCAUGGCCGUUUCUGUCCACGCCAAUGUCGGCCUGAUGCAUGCGAUCAUGGCCAUAUACAAUGCCUUCUGCGACCGAGUUCCUAUGCUGAUACUGGGCGCUACUGGCCCUCUGGACUCUUAUCGACGCCGUCCAUGGAUUGACUGGGUGCACACCUCUCUCGAUCAGGCCGCAUUGAUUCGUCCAUUCAUCAAAUGGGAUGACCAACCGUUGUCCCCGAAUGCAGCUAUCCGGGCAGUGCUUCAAGCGACUUCGAUCACUGCUUCGAAGCCCUGCGCACCUACAUAUGUCUGUUUGGAUUCGGCAAUGCAGGAAGCAAAAGUGAACCCAGCAGACAUCCACCUGCCUGAUACCGGGCGCCGAUUGGCUUCACUCAAACCUCCCGGACCCUCGACAAUGGAUGUCAAACUGGUUUCCGAAGCCAUCGCCAGAGCAAAACAGCCCCUCUUCAUGAUGGGUCGAAUGCGUGCCAGUCCUGGAUCAUGGCGCGAGCGUAUUGCGCUGGUGGAAAGCCUUCCUCACGCCAAGGUUCUUACCGACUUGAAGCAGAUUGCCCCUUUUCCAACAUGGCACAAACAACAGCCCGCGCCGCCCGGUGUGUCUCUGAGCGAGGUGGGCGGAGACUUGAUCAGAUCUUCCGACCUCCUGAUAGCUUUGGAUUGGGUUGACCUGGCGGGCACGCUGAGUGCAGCUCACGGUGGACCACAGGUUGUGGAGCCCGUGAUGACCAUCGUUCAAGUAAGCCUCGAUGCUGCACUGCACAAUGGAUGGAGUCAAGACCAUUUCUCUCAGCCGCCAGUUGAUAUCGCGGUCCAGUCCGACCCAGACAUUUUUGUUUCGACUUUACUCCAAGAGAUAGAGAAGCUUCCAGCCGUGCCUACGUUGCCUGCCAUCAUGGUCUACCCCAAUGGGGUCAUGAAGCCAGUUCAGGGGGGAGGAGAUCGCAGGGAUAAAACAAUAUUCAUGCACGAUCUCUCUUCCAGCCUCUACUCCGCUUUAUCGCCCGACGAGAUUUGUCUCGUCCGAAUCCCGCUCAGUUGGACAGGAGAAGAAGUGCGUGCUACGCACCCGUUUUCUUUCCUAGGCUGGGACAGUGGCGGCAGACUCGCAAGUGGACCUGCGAAUGUAAUUGGGGCUGCCCUGGCACUGCAGAAAGUCCAGCCAUCGCUCCACGCAGUGGCUGUCGUUGGGGAUGGCGACUUUUUGAUGGGCUGCACUGCGCUCUGGACUGCCUCCAGAUACCGCAUCCCACUACUCGUUGUCGUGGCGAACAAUCAUAGCUUCUUCAACGAUGAGGUUCAUCAAGAACGUGUGGCAACAGCCCGAUCGCGACCGGUUGAGAACAAGUGGAUUGGAAUGCGUCUGGAUGAUCCAGCGCCUGACGUGUCAUCGCCAGCAAAAAGUCUCGGAUGCACCGUCGUCCGUUCGAGCAUUGUCGAUUCGGUGCACGAGUUGCUGCCAGCUCUCCAUGAUGCAGCCACCGAGCUCAAAAAUGGCAAGACCGUGGUACUAGACGUGCAUGUGAGUCCCACAGGAUAUCGAACGGCACUGGAGAAGGGUGUACCGGCAGGGCAAUCUGUGGUCUAG